AUGGACGCGUCUACAUCAGCUCAGGCCACAGCUUCGGAUUACAAUUCUGGUGCCGCACAAAAUUCGCGUCCAAGUCAUUUUAUAAUUUCAACAUGCCGAAGAAACAACGAUUUAUUAUCUACGAAUAGAAAUUCGUGUGAAAAUCAAGAGACAGAAGAGUCAGAGGUUGAAGAGCGUCUACUUGCCGUGUGCUGCAGAUCAGGGAAGCUGGGAGCUGCGUCCUACACUCUACAAACAGGAGAGCUUGAGGUUCUGGAAGAAAUUCUCGAUCGCCCACCAGAACAUCAAAUAUUCCUAUCGUUAUUUAGACAAGUGGAUCCUGCUAAGAUAAUACUCGAUAGUAAAAGUCAGAAUACUUUUAUUAGCAUCGUGAAAAAGAUUGUAUUCGACGAAAAUGAAACGGACGGCAAAUGUAAACUCAUUUUUGUCGCAUCCAAAGAUUACAACUUUGAAGCCUGCAAGCGUCGUAUUUUCUCUCUAUCUCUUCCUAAUGAGCCACAAAAUUGUACCGACGAAGAGAGAUUGACAUUUCUACGUACUGUGAUUGAUUUCUCCCAAAACCAAAGCGUGCAUGCCCUAGGCGCUUUAUUACGUUAUGUAGAUCUUAAUUGGUCAAAUUUGUGUAUGGAUUUACACACAAAACCACAAUUUCUGGGCUUAAAAAGGAUUUCACUUAACGACAUAGUAACAAUGGACGAAGAUACAUAUCGGGGUCUGCAAAUAUUUAGUACCAUAUCUCAUCCGAGUAACUUUAAAAAGGGAGUCCAAGGAAGCAAUAAGGAAGGACUAAGCCUAUUUCAACUAUUCAGCAAAUGUUCCUCGAAAGUCGGCCACCGACGUAUGAGGCUACUCUUUCGUCAUCCAAGUAAAGACUUAGUGGUACUGAAGCAAAGACAAGAAGUCGUCGCCUUCUUUAUGAGACCACAAAGUGACCCUGCUCUAAGGAACAUCUGUUCUUCGCUUAGAUAUAUCAAGAAUGUCAAUGGUAUUUUAACAAAAAUUAAAGCUCUUUCUGCUAAAGCUUACCAUUGGAAGAGUCUCUAUAAUACGCUAUACAACGCGGUACUGAUAAGUGAAUUGUGUGAACCAAUUGCUCGCUCAAGUGAAUAUUUGGAAAAUAUAGCCACUUGUGAUACAAACAAGUUGUACGAGAUGGCGUUAUAUAUGAAUAGAAUAAUAGAUUUCGAUCUCUCGAAAUCCGAAGGAAAGUUCACUGUAAAGGCUGGAGUGGAUGCGGACUUAGAUAUGAAAAAGCAAACAAUGGCCAGUCUCCACAACCUCAUGUCGGAGACUGCUAAAGUAGAGAUGGAGCGUCUUCCAUCCUUCGUUGAAGAGUGUACGAUGUUGUAUAUGCCACAUUUGGGAUAUCUUCUGGGAGUCAAGGCCUGGUCUGAUCAUCUCACUGCGGACCAGAAGCAGCUGCCAGAUAUGAAGUUCAUGUUUCAAAAUAACGAUUAUAUUCAUUACAAAAGCAAAGGCUGCGAUGAACUGGACCUACUAAUAGGCGAUACGUACCCAGAUAUAGUUGCUCAUGAGACACGUAUAAUGAUGCGUUUCACGUCAAUCUUAUUGGAGAAUUUGAAUUCGUUGUCCGCGCUUAUCGAGAAUUGCGCAGAAUUGGAUUGCCUUAUAGCUAUAUCCAAAGUGUGUAAAGAGCUUAACUUCGUACGUCCAGAGUUAACUAUGGAUAAAAUAAUACAAGUAAAACAGGGAAAGCAUCCCUUAUACUUAACCACUUGCGAGAGUUUCGUUCCCAAUGAUGCCGAGAGUAGUCGCACGGCAGGAUAUGUUAAGAUAUUAACGGCACCAAAUUCGAGUGGCAAGUCUGUUUAUAUGAAACAAAUUGGUCUGAUAGUUUAUCUGGCACAUAUAGGCAGCUUUGUGCCAGCAGAAUGCGCCACAAUUGGUAUAGUGUCAAACAUUUUCACCCGAAUACAAUCAACCGAAUGCAUUGCAGCGCACAUGUCGGCCUUUCUCAUCGAUCUCAAACAGAUGUCAUUAGCCAUACAAGAAUCUUCAACGAAUUCUUUGAUACUGGUCGAUGAGUUUGGUAAAGGCACUUCGGAAACCGACGGCUUGGCUCUCCUGGCGGCGUGUCUUAACACGCUAUUAUUUAGAUCUGUGGAAUGCCCACAUGUGUUUUUGUCUACCCACUUUUUGAACAUAAAGGAGUUUAUUAUCGAAACACCGAUCGUUAAAUUCUUGAGUUUCGAGCACAUAAUCCAAGAUGGCGAACCGGUUUUCUUAUUUCGCGAAUUUGAAGGCUCUUGCGAGUCCAGUUUCGCCCACCAGGUGGCAUGUUCCAGUGGAAUAGAAGAGAAUAUAGUGGAUAGAGCUAAACACAUCUUCCAGGCCAUGAAUGUAAUUAAUAACAUUUCUAUAUUAAAACCACAUUCCCUUUGA